AGUCUCAAAUUGGUGUUGCGGGUUUAUUAACUUCCAGGAGUAGACCUUGUACCUCCACGUAUAUCCUACACAACCGUCAAAGAUUCUCCCUUCCCUUUAUCUUUUUCUCAAACAUUUCUUCAAAAUUGUCUAAUAAAAUCCAAACUUAUAUUCAGUCAACUCCUCCCAGAUUACUUUCUUGAGUAAUUUUCUUGGAUUGUCCGCAUUCUUCUCAAUUCUAAGUAGUUUGGUGUAGCAUGGUUAGGUACUCUAUGCACUUUGGAGGAAAGUGACAAAAGAUAGACCAUGAGCAGGUCUAGGAGGUUAUUGGAUGCUUGUGAAAGUGCAAGGGGAGAUGGGAUACUAAAUAUUGAUCAAAGAGUUGAUGAGGGAACAAGUUGUCUUGAUCAUGAAAUUGCCCAACUCACAAAGAUUAGGUCGGACCCACACGGGCGAAUGCGACAGCUGCUUCCUGGCAAGAGAAAAGCACCAUUUUCACCUGUUAAUAUGUUGGCUGCCAGGGAAGGGAAUUAUAGUGGUAGAGGAAGAUUUUCAUCAGCAGACUGUUGUCAUCUUUUGAGCCGGUAUCUUCCAACAAAUGGUCCUUCUGUAGUUGAUCAAUUGAGGAGCUGUGCUUAUGUUUCACAGUUUUCAGCGGAUGGUUCUCUUUUUGUCGCGGGAUUUCAGGAAAGUCAUAUUAGGAUAUAUAAUGUAGAUCGAAGCUGGAAAAUCCAAAAGGAUAUUAGAGCAAGAAGUUUACGAUGGACAAUCACUGAUACGUCGCUUUCACCAGAUCAACGUUUUCUUGUUUAUUCCAGUAUUUCACCCAUUGUCCAUAUUGUUGAUGUUGGAUCUGGUAUGAAACAGUCUGUUGCAAAUGUUACGGAAAUUCAUGAAGGCUUGGAAUUUUCUUCCCUUACCGAUGAUUAUGACGAUUAUUCAUUUGGAAUAUUCUCUGUGAAAUUUUCUACUGAUGGGCGAGAACUUGUUGCUGGCAGCAGCGACAAUUCAAUAUAUGUUUAUGAUCUUGAAGCAAGAAGGCCAAGCCUUCAAAUUCCAGCUCAUAAGUCUGAUGUUAAUGCUGUAUGCUUUGCUGAUGAAACUGGACACCUCAUAUAUUCUGGAAGCGAUGAUAGCUUGUGUAAGGUUUGGGACAGGCGUUGCUUUGGAACUAGAGGGCAAGCAGCUGGAGUUCUCAUUGGACAUCUAGAAGGCAUUACAUAUAUUGACACGCGUGGAGAUGGCCGAUAUCUUAUCUCAAAUGGGAAAGAUCAGGCUAUCAAACUCUGGGAUAUAAGGAAAAUGUCUUCUAACAUUAAUUACUCCCCAAGGCCUAGAAGUUAUGACUGGGAUUACAGAUGGAUGGAUUACCCGGAACAUGUUAGAAACAGGAGAAACCCACGUGACCUGUCAUUGACUACUUAUAAAGGCCACAAAGUCUUGCGCACUCUUAUACGCUGUUAUUUUUCUCCUGCACAUAGCACAGGGCAAAAGUUCAUCUACACUGGAUCAGCCGAUUCAUCUGUUUAUAUUUAUGAUGUGGUGAGUGGAGCUCAGGUUGCAAAACUUGAUUACCAUCAGGAUCCGGUGAGAGAUUGCAAUUGGCAUCCAUACUACCCCAUGCUUGUUAGCUCCGGGUGGGACGGCAUUAUUGCAAACUGGGAAUUUCCUGGUACUGGUGCAAGCUCAUUGCCAGUGAAGCCGCUGGCCAGACGGUGGAGGCGAUUUUAAACUACUGCUAGUAGCAUCUAGAAAAAUAUAUUUUUUUGGCAGUUCGCUGAUUGAAAUUUGCAAAGCUCAAGUUUUCUGCGUGGGCAAAUGUUCUGCUAUCGACAUGUUAGACACAUGUAUAUGCGUAAAUUUGCGUUACUAUACUCUGGUUGUCCCUAAGGGGCCAAUAGGUCAAAGUUGUAGUGUUACGAGUUCAAAUCCUAUUGGUUGGGCAUUAUCUACUGAGACUGUUAAUGGUUAUGUGAAAAGGAAGUAUUGUACAUUACUCUAGUAAGUUGAUAUUACAAGUGUUAUUGAAUUUUUUCUGAAAGAUUCCUGUGAAAAAUUACAUUUA